AUGCUUUUACGACGUCUUUUUCGUUUAAACUUUCCAUCACUCAUCAAUAUUCCUCGUGCGUCUUUCUCAUUGACAUCACUACAUUAUGCAGCUAAGCCAACAACACCCGCAGCACCUACAGAUCAAGCUACGCCAACUGCUCAAUCGUCUCAAUUAGCACACAAUAAAACAAAAACUUCAUUACGAGGUACACCCUACAAUGUUACUGAUAUUGAAACAUCUCUUCGUUAUAUGGAAAGUGAUGCAUACAAAACUGUUUACGGUAGUGAACCUGUAUGGAAAAAUUAUGUACGCAAUCGAACAAAACAACGUUUUCCUCAUUAUACACGCGAUUUUUGCGUUGAAGAAGGUCUCUACAUACGUGGUAAUCCAUGUCCAGUAUGUCGUGAUGAAUAUCUUCUACUUGAUUAUCGCAAUGUUAAAUUGUUGAAACAAUUUGUGAAUGAUCAUACAGGUGAAGUCGAACCGGUAUUAAAAACUUCCAUAUGUCAAGCACAAUUACGAAAUCUUCGAGUUGCAUUACGUAAAGCUUAUGAUUUCGGUUCAAUGACAUAUGAAAUACCUUUUCGAACAUAUGAUUAUCGAGAUUAUUAUCCAGAAUUACGUGAUGAAAAAGAUCGUACAUCAUCACUUUUAAUGACAAUACUUCAUGCAGUUCAAGAUCAAAAACUAGAAAGCCUUGAUCAAUUAACAUUAACUGAUGACCAACUUCAUGCUACAUAA